CUAUAGUGAAGUAGUGAUCGAACACUUCCAACUACGCCUUCACUGUAUGCAUAGAUCAGAUGAGUAACUAUGCUUUGUGUCUCUACAGCUGUGGAUCGACGGGUGUGCGGUCCCACCCCAUUCACCCCAGGCUAAAGAAGAGGACUUCUUUGCACAUGUAGAGGUACGGCAAAAUAAUUAACAUUCUGUCUCAGAGGUCGCAGAUUCUCCUGACGCGCAAUUAGUGUUUUCUAUAUUUCAAAUUUUUUUUUUUUUUUUUUUUACAGUCUGCAUACCCUGCUCUACAUCAGGUUUUAUAUGGGGUUUAAACAGAACAAGUGCAGUACAAUUUACCUAGCGUGUCUUAUUGCACACGGAAAGCUUUGUAUUAUCCUAUUCUAUCACUGCUGUAGUUAGGGCAGUAUUUGUGCACUUGGGUGGGUCACUGCGUACAGCGGGGUAAUUCAGGAAGAAUGUCCUACCUGGUGCAACAUGACCUAGUACUGGCUUAGUUCUGUCCUUUUCUGAAAUUACAAGAAAAUGGUAUUUCUGUAUAAAGAGCAGUUUAGGUGAAAGUUGUAAAUAUGAAGAAAUAAAUGGGAAAAAAUAUUUGCUGAUCGGUCUGUUGCAUUUUGUGACGUACAGGUAAAUAACAGAUUUUAAUGAUUUUUGUCGUGUAGCAUGUUAAAACACUCUCGAAACAAAAUAAAUCUGUAUUCAUGUAUAUCGAUUAUGGCAACUGAUAAACUGUGUGCGGUAGAGACUAAACCGAAUAUAUGCAGAACAUUUAAACAAUACACUUGCCAGUAUUUUGUCGAUUUGUCAACUUGCGCUGUGACUUUAAUAAAUACUAUACGGUCCUGACUGCAUAUUAUAAAAGGCUGAAUACCGUGUUAAAUGAAUGUAAUUUUAGAAUAAGUGUGACAAGUAUACUAAUUUCCCAUAUAUUCUUUUAAUCAUUUGAGGUCUUGUAAUAAACGUUUGUUGAAAGCUCUCCUUUCUCCGAGCAGGUUAGUAAUACAGAAUGGUCUACACCACAAACACCGGCGAUCUCUCUAUUAGAGAACCCUCCAGAAAGUGUCUCUGAGACCACUCAAGGUAAAACAUUUCUUCAGCUACUGCCAAUUUAUACCCCUUAUGACAAAUCCUUAAACAGGGACAGAAAUAUCACCUUCCAAACCUUUACUUUGUGUGUAAAAUUCCUCUUCAUUCUAAAUGGGUUGAAUCUUAGCGUUUCUCUACCUGGAUAAAAUGUAAAUGCACAUCCCUGUGUGAUGAACAAUGCAGACUGCAUAUAACAUAAAGUUAAAUAAUCAGAACAGCCCAGGAGAGUGAUGGAAAACUAAAAAUAAUUAUCUGGGUAUCUGCACCAACCCCUCCCACCGCCACGCCCAAAAUCAAUAAUGACUUGCAUGAUAAACUUGAAGGUUUUGAGGGCAAUGCAGAUUAUACUGGUUGCUCCCCAUAAUUAACUCUACAGGAAUAGCUCCUACAGAAUGUUUUCACAUAGCUGCAGGGUUCAGUAUUCAGUCUAUAGAGAGCUGCAGGGUUCAGUGUUCAGUCUAUGGAGAGCUGCAGGGCUCAGCUUUCAGUCUAUGGAGAGCUGCGGGGUUCAGGGUUCAGUCUGUGGAGAGCUGCGGGGUUCAGGGUUCAGUCUGUGGAGAGCUGCAGGGUUCAGUCUGUGGAGAGCUGCAGGGUUCAGGGUUCAGUCUGUGGAGAGCUGCAGGGUUCAGGGUUCAGUCUGUGGAGAGCUGCGGGGUUCAGGGUUCAGUCUGUGGAGAGCUGCAGGGUUCAGUCUGUGGAGAGCUGCAGGGUUCAGUCUGUGGAGAGCUGCAGGGUUCAGUCUGUGGAGAGCUGCGGGGUUCAGGGUCAGUCUGUGGAGAGCUGCAGGGUUCAGUCUGUGGAGAGCUGCAGGGUUCAGUCACAACAGUACAUUGUCUAUUCUUCUGUUUAAAAUGGUUUUCGUAUUUUAAUUUUUUAGGUGAACCAGAGCUUGGUCCGAGUGUGGAUCUUCUCAGCAUGUCCCCAAAAGCCUCACUAGGUAAUAUAAAGAUUUACUUUUUGAUGUUUAAAAAAAAAAAAAAGCAGAGUAAAAUAUUUUUGCAAAUCACUUAAAACCCCUUUCUGCAGCAACCCGCUGGUUCGUCAAUCUGUACAAUUUGAGAGAGCCUUUUAUUCCUAUGUAAUUUCAUUUUUUUGUUCAUCCCACGCUAGUUGGUGUGGAAUGCUUCGGCCAUUGAAACUUAUUCACAAAAUUUUAAAGAACUUGCCAUUUAAAAAAAAUUUGAUCUAACAUUUAUUAUUGGCAUUCAUAAAGUGCCGAGAUACUUCGCAGUGCAAUAUAAACAGACCAAUACAAACAUAAGAGGACCCUGUCUGUAAGCAGAAAUGUAGCUGUUAAAGUACUGUUUAUAACGUGCCCUAGUUAGGUAGCCCAUGAGCUUACAAUCUAAAUUAAAAUGAGGUAGAGACAAGGUAGCAGGAGGAAUCUGAUGGUGAUUGCCAGAGUGAAUUAAAGAAUAUUUGCAGCCACUGGUAAGUUGUUAAAUGAGAUGAGCAGGUAGGUGAUCUUGAGCAGCAGCUGGAGACCUAUAAAAUAAGAAGGAAACUGUGUCCGUAGUGCUGGAUGAUAAUGGAGUUGAUGUUUUUCUCUGUUGUAUUCUGUUCUCCACAAUUCCUAGUUUAGUGAAUAAUAUCUAUAAUAUACGUGUCUGAGAAGGGAUCCCGUAUAGCUUGACAUUAAGUACUGUUCAGGAACAUGGCACAAUGUAUCCCAGGUUUGUUACUAGUAUCUGCGCUAAGGUCCACGACCAGAUCCACAAUGCAUAGAAUGGGUUCUCUUGUAUUGAAGGUAAACCUUGUUUCCCUGCAGAUAGACCCAGACAGGGUGGUCCCUAUUCCUAGAAGAUUUUCAUUCAGAAUGUCUGUAGCUCGCGUUGUUCCUUGGUAUUGUGAUAAAGUUCUAAUAUUCCAUAUUCAGAGAUGUUUGUUCUUUUUCAUAUUUCAGCCGAUGCAGGAAGCGCACCUUGCAAAGGUGAAAAUUACCGAUACUUGCCUGCAAAUUGCUUUAAUCUUUUCCUUCUUACAGCCUCCCAGCGCCUUGAUCGAUGCCUGCUGUGUGAUGCAGACAGCUGAGUCUCUGUGCUCUCUUUACUGCGCCCGCUCUGUGUGCAGACUGGUGACUGUGAUUGUUACUAUAGAGUGAAAUAGGGGUUUGGGAAACUCACACAGUGAUGCUGAAAUUACCUCAAUUUAUAUACAGUACAAAAAAACAUACGGUUUCAGAUCUUUGCAAGAUAUUUAAAGGAACCCAUCAAGCACCAUAACUGCUACAGUGCUCAUUGGUAGCUAUAGUGCUCUAGCACCCCCCCUUUGUAAGUAGUCAGUUUGUUAGUCUGCCUGCGCAGCUCCCCACCUCCACUUCAGUCCUCAAAGAAGCAAUGAUUCUUAUUUAGAAGAUUCCUUUCGCUCUCCUGUGCCAAGUCCCCCAGCACACAGCUGACAGCAUCACGUGAUCUAAUCAUUGCACUCUGUGCUUAGCCCAGGCAGCUUCUGGCUCUCUAAAGGCUGUAGUGGAGUCGGGCAACGACUCCCAGCAGACACCAGGUAAGAAGUCUAACCAUUCUAAAAUGUUUCGACUACUCGCAUUGUGGGGUGCCUGGGUAGUCCUGACACCAUAACCACCGCAGGGUCCAGUCAUGGUGCUCAGAGACUUCCUUUAGCAUUAUUCACUAAACUCCAAAUUGUAGCAUUUUAAAGUCUAAAUGGCAAUACUGAGAUGAAAGCCGGUAAUCUGGCAAUUUUUCCAAAUCUUUGAAAUACUUAGCUUUUUGGAUUUUAAUUUUCUACAGUUUGUACGUUGCUAAAGAAUCCUGUGUGUGACCAACACCCCCCUAUAUUUUAUUUUCUAUCCCCCCUAAUUUAGAGUAAAUAAUGUUUUUGGGGCGUGGUUGCUUCCAGUUCAUGGCACAAUGAUCAGUUACUAGUCUGUGGAGCAGAGUGGCAUAUCUGUGUCUUGCUGUGUGGUACAGAGUGGUGGCACAGCGGUAUGCCCCCGCUGGGUGCAGCAGAGUGGCGUCUCUAUUGGCCUUCGCUCUGUGGCACAGAAUAACCGCUCAAUGAUCGGUGCCUGCUUUUUGCACUCAAUAUAUUUCUUAUGUUCUGUUCCUCACUUUUCCGCAGCAUGAAAAUUUUCAUUUAAAUUAAGAUGCUGUAUGUUUGCUGUCCCCACUCCCCACCACAUCAGACUCCAUCCUCACAUUAUGUUCAUAAAAAUCCAAAAUUCAGAGAUUUACUUUUAAUAUUGUGUAACAUAGGUCACGUGCUACUUUGUAACAUUGGGAUAUCCAUAGUCCUCUAUUGUCUGUAAGGGUCCAUGCCCCCUCUAACCCUCUGAUCCGUGCAGUAAGAUAGACCGGCUGCUGUCUGUAGAAUAAUCUGGGAACACAGCGGCUCACACUGGAGGGAGGACAAUUAAUCAAAACCCCCAAUAUAUUCACGAACUGGAUAUGGACAUUUCAACUCUUCAAAGUAGCAUAUAUAAAUAUAGAUAUUUUUGAGAUUUACAUCAGGUUUAUUUCAUUAUCCAUGCCAGAAAAAUAAUUUGCCAUUUAUUUUUGAGAAAAACCCUUUGCUUUUUCCUUUUACACCUGAGCUGUCAUUAAAAAUGGAGGGUUGGUAUAUUAAAUCCUUCACAAUCUUGUCACACAUUUAAAUAUAUUUUUGUGAAUUGCCGAAAUACCUGUGACUUGCAUAGACGCCUAAUUCUGCCUGUAGCCCCUCAUUACGCAUGGUCCUUGUCUCCGUGAGGUUCUAGACCCCAAAUCUUUUAAGUAUAUGGAUGUCCUUUUUGGUGAGUGUGACAAUUGAUUCUUGGCUCCCAGUAAAGGUUAUUGUAGAUUUGUGUUGGAUUUGUCAAAAGAAGUGGUUGUGAGAUUGGUUUAAAACAUACAGUUAAUGUCUGCUGUUCAGUGCCUUGGCUUGAAUAAUAAUAGAACCAAAAUGGUUGCUUUUACCGUGAAUUCUACAUCAAUGUCAAGUCUCUGUCAUUGAUGCAUAUGGAUCUUGAUGCUAGACGUUACCCCACGUGUGUUUACUCUGAAUAACCUGUGUUUAUUCAUUACAGAAACUGGAUCCAUUAUUAAAAAGAAACCCACCUCGACAAGGAAAGGGGUAAGUACUUUAUUUUAUUUUUUCUUUCAAAAUAUUUUUAUUCAAGAUGGGAUUAUAGACCAAAAAGUAUCAAGAUGAAUACAGUGGUAGAGUUUAUAUACAAUGUAUAGAGCAAGGCCACAUAGUAACACCUGUUGUUUUACUUUCUAAUUGUCCUCAUUUGAAGUGGUGAUGGUGCCUGGAGUCUGUGCAUUGCUUCAUGAUGGCGUGCAGCACAUACAGAGUUUAACCCCUUCGCUGCUGGAGGUGUAACUCCAUUGCUGGCAGAAUCAUUGGGGAUGCCCAAAACAAGAUAUUCUUCAAAAUAGUGGUUUGGCCAGCCAAUAGAGGUACGCCCUCUGUGUGGCCUCCUCCCCCUACAUCUCUCACCCUCAAACUUUUUGAGGGGGAAAGGGGUACCCAUGCUUUCUUAAAACACUUUUUUUUUUUCAAGUAACCUUUUAACCCCUUAAGGACCAAACUUCUGGAAUAAAAGGGAAUCAUGACAUGUCACACAUGUCAUGUGUCCUUAAGGGGUUAAAGGGAAGAUGUGCCCCAAAACCAAAUGUUAAAGGGACACUAGUCACCCAGACCACUUAUAUUAAUGUAGUGCUCUGGGCGCAGUUGUCCUAUCCUUUUUCUUUUUUUUUUUUUUUUCUUUUUCUUUUUUUACUAUGCAAUGUUUUACUUUGUUUAAACCUUUUUUUAAAUUUUUAUAGCAAGAGGAGAAUGGGGGAGGGCUAUAUAGAUCUAGGAACAGGGACACUAUAGUGUUACCUAUACAAACCUGUAAUGCUAUAGUGUCCUUUAAAUAAGUUGCAAAACUCCAAUGAUGCUCUGCCAGUUUUAGGCUGCUGCUGGACACCCAGGCUGAGCGAUAUAUAUAUCUAUCUCUUUAACCCACCGUUUGGGGGAUUUUGUUUUAUUUUUUUUGUUUAUUUUACUUCAGCUUGGAGGCAAAAAAACUGGCCUCGGCGCUCAGAAAGUGAGCAGCAAAAGCUUCAAUGAGAUUGAGAAACACGCCCAGGCUGCAGAAAAACUGAAGGAAAAAGAUGUGGCCGUCUCCACUCCAAAGCCAGAAGAAGAUAUGUAAGUUUACCAGUCAUUUUCUCCCUGCUAAAACGUAAAUUGUUAUAGAAGAUCAUGUUCCAUUCUAUUUUCCUAAUACCACAACUGUGAAUUUAUAAUGGCCAUAUAGUCUCCUUCUAAGACAGCAUAUCGCUAAUAAAAUAAACGCAGUCUAAGUACCAAUGUGAGCACUCCCCCUGCGUAAGCUGAAUUGACCUGAAUUAAGGGACUACUGGGCAAGGUUUUUUGAGAGUAAUCAACAUUUAGUGCUUCUUGUGUUAACCAGGAAUCGGUUUUAAUUCUGUAUAAAUGUUACAUUCUGCGAGUUGCAGUAGGAGGUGUCUGCAAUAUCUGUAGGCAACCAAAUCUUAAGAUUUACAAAGUUUGAUAACACAUUUGCGUCCGUAAACUGUAACUGAAAAAUAAAACCUAUUCUCCCAGAUAUUUAACUCCCUCAUAUUCAUGGUUUUAGGGUCGGUUCUUUACGUCUGGCGUACAAAGAACUGGAAAUCCAGAAACACAAAGACGACGAGAAACUCAAAAAUAUGCCUGCCAAGAAAAAGGCUGAUGCAGAGCGGCUUGGCAUGGGGUUUGGCAAUCGAAGGUACUGUAAGCUCCUAUUCUGUUCACAUUAAUGAAUUUUAAAUGUCUGUAUAUGCAUUGUACAGUGCUGUGUAAUAUGUUGGCACUGCAAUUAUUGAUCCUGCCACUGGAGGGUGCUCGAGCACACUCAGUGCGUGAAAACCUACAAAUGGACACAUGGCUUUACAUCAACUGUCAGUAGUUUAUUUUGUACUGAAAAUACCCAACACUUCAAUUUACUUUUGCAACUCCCACUCCCCAUUUCAAAUACCUAUUUGCUGAGAGUGAUGUGUGUACACAUCCAUAUAGUAAAUAUAUUUAAAUUAGAAAUGCUAAAAUGCAACAAGAGACCCUUUAUUUCAACCAAAAAUAACCACAACCCGGAUAGUCAAUCACUGCCGCAAACCACAGGAGAAAAUGUUUAAAUCGAAUUAUUCAGAUUUAACUUUACUGUCACUGUGCCAUGUACAUACAAGGCAAUGAAACAGUUUGUCCAUGAACUGCAGCAGCAAUUUAUAAAAAAAACAAUUUAAAAAAUGUGCAUCCAAUGUAAGCUCUUGCAAUCCUUCAUUAAUCCCAAUUUCCAGCCUAAAAAUACAUUGUUGUUGUACAGUAGGGCCGUCAUCUAGAGAUUGAACAUUCCUAUCCCAUAAGACUUCUGUAUCUGUGUUAUAAGUGUGCCAACUUCCAUACAGUUAUUUCCUAGUGCAGACCAGGGUUCCACCAUAGCUAAUGUUUGCACCAAUAUAGACACUAAGCGUAUCCCACUCUCGACCUUCAUAUACAGAGCUGCUAACGGCACGGUGAGACGGUGGAGAAUUAUGACGAAAUGGGUCUUCCCACAAUAGCCUCAGUUUUUCAUUUAUUUGAAUCAGAAAUGAUUCUGAAAGAUUAGAAAAUUUUUCAAAUUAUUUGUCAACAGAAGUCACUGUUAAACUCUACUAGAAUUUUUGUAAAUAAAUCUUCAGAAACGUUCUUAUAACCAAUUCUGAUCAUAUUAAAGUUUUAUUAAAUUGAGGUCAGUGUCGGCAUCAGUAUGUUUAUUUGGCCAGUUUUUAAUUCUAGGUUUGUGUUUUGGUUUUCUGGCAUAUUUACAACCCUCCUUCUCUUCCCCAAUGAUGAAAUGGAGGGCCAUUAAAGACAAGUAUUUAUUCCUAAGAAUUUAUUUUUGCAUUAUUUUUUUUUUAAAACUAAUUUUUUGUUUUUUUCUUUCACAGUGGGAUAUCACAUUCUGUACUUUCUGAGAUGAAAACAAUUGAACAAGAAGCUCCGAAAAAUGCAAAACCUAAGAAACCAUAUCCAGAAGAAGAACCUGAUGAUUUCUUUUUCAAGUCCUCCCGCUCACGGUAAGAAAAUAACAUCAGCCUUUUAAAUCAACCCAGCAGUCAGUUUAUUGGACGUACAACAGUAAUGAUCAACGUAUUGAUCUGUUUUCCCUACCAUGAUAAUGUGAAUUUAAACCUGACUGACUGGAAUGCCAUAGUGCAGCGUAAAAACCAGUGUGGGAUGUGCAGGCAGUAAAAGCUUGGUUACCGGUAACAAUGAAUGAAUCCUGGCAGAUAUCUAUAGAUCCAACGCCUGACAAACACACAGCAUGGAUCUGAAUGUCAGUGAAAGCUUCAUGGCACAUCCACGGUUAAAAUAUAGUGGGGUUCUGUUGGGUCGCUACAACUUCUACAGGCUCCUGGCCUCUCUUCGCAAGUCGCCUCCCUCAAGAACAGAUUACUUGGGAUGUGGGUAAUAGCGAACUAUUUGCGCACACACAAGGGUCUCCAACUACCUUUCAAGGUUUUCCACAGAAUGUAUUUUAUUCCAGGGUUUUAGAUCUAGCCGUUACACCCUGGCGGUCUCCAUUGCCUAUAGUCACAUGUUUUGCAGUUCUGUUGUGUUUUAUUUUUUUACUUUUUUUUUUUUUUUUACUGUUUAUUUGGAAUAAAUUUUUUAGUAUUUUCAGGUCAGAAAUUUCCCCAAUCUGAGCCCUCUCUAGUCGUGGGUAUUUUAUCGAGCCACCCCCACAGUACCCAGGGGUUACUGUGCCUAUAUUCUACCUGGCCCCAAUGGCAUGUAACCACCUGACCCACCACCUGCUAAAGGCAGUGCAUUUUACAUACGUUUUAUUAAGUGUUCUUGCAUAGCAAGACCACUUAAUGUUAUCUCACAUAUAUAUUAUUUUUAUUCUUAUUAUAGCCAAAUUUGCCACCCUAACUCCUCCCACAGUUUUUAUACUACAUAGACAAAAAUUUACCAAAACGUGCAGAAGUUCCCGAUCGGAUUGCUAUUACUUUGUGGAACGUUUCGCCGAUUGGUUCACGGAAUAUCGUCGUUCUUGUGGCGAAAUUUGUCCCAUAGGAAUGAAUGGCAAAGCUAGAGUGGGAGCUGGCAAAAGCUGAAAAAUCAGGACAUGAUUUCUAAACUGCCACCACUCCCUUAUUUUCAGGCCCACCUACACAAAUCUUAUAUCAAAACAUUCAGCUAUCCCUGGUGCCACUAAACAUGUCAACGGCUAAGCCAUAGUCCUGAUAGUUUUCACAAUAUAAUCAUUUGUUUGCAACUAACGCCGUCCAUUGACAUUCAUUGAAACUUCACUCUACAAAGCUCAAAUUUGAAGUGCAAUUUCUAAACUGCGACUGUGCCAUCAUUUUUAAUACUUCAGAGACAUACUAUGCAUCAAAAUGUAGGUCUGGGUCUUGUGAUUCACAAUAUAAAGCUCUUCGCUGUAGGAUUUAUAGUUUUUAAAAUACGACCGUUUGAAGAUGGCAACCGCCAAAAUACUCUGACCUGUGCCAGGCUGCAGCAGCAAGUGAUGUCAUAGACAGGGCCUUUUGAACACCUGCUAAUAUUUUUAUAAAUGGUUUAAUGUAACUGUGCAAUAACGUUGCAAUUAAAUGUGCUAUAUAAAUGAUAAGUUACUCAGCCCACUCCAGUUGUAGACUACUGGUGGAGGCAAGAACACUUCACACAAUUUCCCCAGAAAUUGUAGCUUUUUUAGUUCUUUGUUAUUGCAUUACGGCCUUUACUGCAACUCUGCCCUGCUCAUUUUAAAAACAUUUUUUGGAUUUCUUAAAUUACAAGAUCAAUAUUGCUAUGUUUUAGAUGUUGGGUGACUUAGUUUAUCCCUGUAAAACUGCAAGAAUUGUAACCCUAGGUUUAUGAUGGGGCGGUAUCCAACUGGCAGUUUUCUAUGUAUUCUAAGAGACCUUGUUAUGAGACAUUGCACCCCGGUGAGGGCAGUUGGGAUUUCAUAGUUUUAGUUUCUGUGUGAGUGGGUCUGUAAUGGCUGGUUUGGCUCAUUUUAUAUUGUUGUUUAUAUUGAAUAAAGGAGCGUGACUUUUAAAAUAUCACACUUCACUUUUAUCCAAAACUCUGUAAGGUUUGUACUCCUGCUGAGUCACAUCUUUUUAUUUAAUUUGCCAGUUUCUCCAUUCAAAUACGUCACAUCUAACAUUGUAAUAUUGCUGAAGUUCACAGCACACUCGAAUACAUUGAUCGCGUGAUAUAAUUAUUUUAGUGAAAUAUCUCCAUGUCAAAAGGCAAAUAUAUCUCCUGUAUACACGAUAGCUCUGAAAUGACGGUUUUUAUUUUGCGUUUCUACAAUGCACCCUUAAUGUCAUCCAAACUAUGUAACUGAGCACGAUCUGUAUUGUCAUGCUGUCCCAGAGACCUUUGUGUUGCCGGGGGAGCUGUCUAUGGGCCACUGAUUCACACAGCUGUGGCAGCAGGUAGUUCUAGUAAUCUCUAUUUUUGGGUUUGUUAGUGUUUUUAAUUGCUUUGUGGGGAUAUUUAUGGGAUGAUAAUUUUAAGCAGUCGAGAAUUGCCCACUAUUUCAAUUCUCUUAGAUCUUAGAUCCAUACAAUUAAAUCACAAUUUGUUAUAAAAAUAGAUUUAUUUUUAUUGUAACAAAUUAAUUAACAAUAUUAUUAGGCAACAUGCAUGAUAAUAAUCAGUAAAUAUUUACUUACACGAUUUUUGAGGGUAUCCUUACAGACAAAAAGUGAAGCUUUUCACAGCGAAGGGCCAUAAAACCUUGGCUAACAGUUAGAACAACUGAGUAACCCUUUCAAUGCUGGCUAGAUCCUCCUAGGCAUAUAGUAUCCUAUUCUCCUGUGAUUUUCAAUUGAAAUAACAUUCAAACCAGCUCAUUAGUCAUUUCCUGGAACCAUCCAAUAAGAAUAAUCUACCAGAUUUUUACAAAAGCCGAAUUUAAUUUGUCUAAAAAAGAUAUCUUAUCUUAUUUUAGAGCAAAUCAAUACACCUGGAUAAAAACAACGGUAUGCUAACAUGUGAUAAUAUCACAUCAAUAUAUAAUUCUUAAUUUCACCUGCAGAAUGGAAUGUUUAUAACUAUGUAUUCUUUAGUUAACUAAGAUUUCUUAAUAUGGAAAUCUGACCGUGAUUUAUCCAGUCAUAUAUCAUGCUAUUAGUAAAUUUUAAUUAAUUUAAAUUAAUUAAAUAAAACCAGCAUAGUUACCAGUUAUGUAGAUAUUCUCAUCAGAUGAAUAGGUAGUCCCAGAAACUUGAUAGGUUUUAUGGAAGUUCAUGAGUAAUAGUGAAAAGUAGUGUUGGUUAGAAAGUGUCAAAGAGUUUAAGAGUUUAUGUCCAAGAGAGUUUGAGUAGAGUGUUAGUCCCAGAUAUUGUCCUGGAUUUCUCUGCAUGUAUGACUUGGAUGCCCAAACUUCAAUUAAUCUCUCUGUCUCCAACUACAACCUGUCUUCCCUUUGUCCUAACUUGUAAAGGGCCAGACUCUCUGUAUGUCUGUUGAUAUAAAUAUUCUGACAGCUUGCAUAAGUUUAACUCUUUCUCCUAGAUAUCGUGAUGAGACUCCGGAACCUGUUAGCAGUUCUUUCCAGAACUGGGAAGAUAACUCAGAUGAUUUCUGGAGGAAGGAAAGUGGGAUCACGGAUAUCUCCAUGUCUCUCGGGCACAAAACCUCCAGUUAUGACGAAAGGUAGAGUUUUCAAUCACCAGUAAUUCUCAUUUUCACCAUCUCUAUCUCGGGGUGUGCAAUCUCCUGCUUCCAACAAUGGAUCUUAAUGAGAGAAAGUAAAAAUCCUGAAUACGAUAUAUUCUUAGUGGAAAGUGAUGGGGAGAAAAUUAAUGGGGGAAAUGCCUGAUGGAGAGAGGAACUGUUGGCAAUGUAAAAAAAAAAGUAGGAAACGUGUGAGUUUGCAAAGCCCUAUGCUUCCCAGCUCCGGUCCAGAGGAAUGUAUGGUGAAUAUCUGCUGUGCCGCCACGCAGGUUACAAUAUAGAGAACGGGGAGCGAACCAGGCUGGAGACCAUGUCGCUAACGGUGCUAAUGGUUUUCUUUCAGACCCACAACCCGGCGAAAACCUGACCUGGAGCCAGCUUCCUCCACCGAUGAAGCCCAGAAGAAGUUUGGCAGUGCAAAGUCCAUUUCCUCAGACAUGUAUUUUGGAAAGCAAGACCACACUGAGGUGAGGAUGUUUUUUAUUUUAUUUUAUUUAUUUUUUUUAUUGGUCUUUUUAAUAGUAACACUUCACUGUGCACCUGGUAACGGCUCCAAUUACACCGUCGAGGAAUUCAUUGACGUUUGAGCUCAUGAAGAAUCAUGGGAAAUCUACUUUACAACAUUCAUACCGAAUUCCAAUGUGGACCUUCACAUGUAUUUUAACAGGAAAUAUUCCAUGUUUUCACUCUGUGGGCGGAUUCUGCCGGGUACAAUGUUUCAGCUUUAGAUAAAUGUGCAUUUAUAGAGAGAACAUUUAAAAGAUUUUCUUAAGUGUUGGUCAACAGCUUCACUAUUUCUUGGCAUGUGUAGGCACAAUCCGUUAGCAUGCAUACCUUGUGUUUGGGGCAUUUUCAUUUUUAGUUUCUCCUUUCAGCAAUGUGAGCAUAAGGUUAGUGACUGAUUUAACGGUGUCAUGGCAGGCACACAAUAGAAGUUAGACUCUUUACAACAAACCUUUUCUUUUCAGCUAUUUUUCUUCACUGAUCUGAUAUAUAUAUAUAUAUAUAUAUUUUUUUAUUUUUUUAUUUUUUUUUAUUAGUAUGAAACUAGAUCAAGACUGGAUAGGAUGUCUGGAAACUCAUCCAUAAGCUCAGCUGACCUGUUUGAUGAACAAAAGCAACAGUCGGCAGGUAACUUAACCACAUUAUACAGUGACACAAUUAAAUUAAAAGAACUCCUAUGUAUUUCUCAUUCAAAUUCUUUUCAUUUCUUUACGGUAGAACCCACAUAGUAUUAAAAUAUUAUGUAUCCAGUGGUUCCUUACCAGUACAUUGAUUGGUGCAGGUCCCCACACCUCCUAUAACACACACUACCUGAGCAGCACACUCACUGCAGCUCCCCACACCUUCUAUAACCCACACUACCUGAGCAGCACGCUCACUGCAGCUCCCUAUACCUCCUAUAACACACACUACCUGAGCAGCACGCUCACUGCAGCUCCCCACACCUCCUAUAACUCUCACUACCUUAGCAGCAUGCUCACUGCAGCUCCCCACACCUCCUAUAACACACACUACCUGAGCAGCACACUCACCCCAGCUCCCCACACCUCCUAUAACACUACCUGAGCAGCACGCUCACUGCAGCUCCUCACACCUCCUAUAACACACACUACCUGAGCAGCACACUCAUCCCAGCUCCCCACACCUCCUAUAACACACACUGCCUGAGCAGCGCUCUCACUGCAGCUCCCCACACCUCCUAUAACUCACACUACCUUAGCAGCAUGCUCACUGCAGCUCCCCACACCGCCUAUAACACACACUACCUGAGCAGCACGCUCACUGCAGCUCCCCACACCGCCUAUAACACACACUACCUGAGCAGCACACUCACCCCAGCUCCUUACACUACCUUAGCAGCAUGCUCACUGCAGCUCCCCACACCGCCUAUAACACACACUACCUUAGCAGCACGCUCACUGCAGCUCCCCACACCGCCUAUAACACACACUACCUGAGCAGCACGCUCACUGCAACUCCCCACACUACCUGAGCAGCACACUCACCCUAGCUCCCCACACCUAUAAUUCACACUACCUGAGCAACACGCACACUGCAGCUUCCCACAACUCCUAUAACACACACUACCUGAGCAACACUCACCCCAGCUCCCCACACUACCUGAACAGCACACUCACUGCAGAUCCCCACACCUCCUAUAACACACACUACCUGAGCAGCACACUCACUGCAGAUCCCCACACCUCCUAUAACCCACACUACCUGAGCAGCACACUCACUGCAGAUCCCCACACCUCCUAUAACCCACACUACCUGAGCAGCACACUCACUGCAGCUCCCCACACCUCCUAUAACACACACUACCUGAGCAGCACACUCACUGCAGCUCCCCACACCUCCUAUAACACACACUACCUGAGCAGCACACUCACUGCAGCUCCCCACACCUCCUAUAACCCACACUACCUGAGCAACACACUCACUGCAGCUCCCCGCAACUCCUAUAACACACACUACCUGAGCAGCACGCUCACUGCAGCUCCUCACACCUCCUAUAACACACACUACCUGAGCAGCUCCCCGCAACUCCUAUAACCCACACUACCUGAGCAGCACGCUCACUGCAGCUCCUCACACCUCCUAUAACACACACUACCUGAGCAGCACGCUCACUGCAGCUCCUCACACCUCCUAUAACACACACUACCUGAACAACACACUCACUGCAGCUCCCCACACCACCUAUAACCCACACUACCUCAGCAGCACACUCACUGCAGCUCCCCACACCACCUAUAACCCAUACUACCUGAGCAGCACACUCACUGCAGCUCCCCCACCACCUAUAACCCAUACUACCUGAGCAGGAAUUUUACGGAGAGGUUUGUUUUGUUUUUUUUCCUCUUUUUGAAGGAGCCUGACUUUGGGGUAAUGUAGUUGAAAUAUGUUUUAUCUUUUUUUUUUUUCUUUUUUAAGGAAAUUAUACAUUAACAAAUGUUUUGCCGUCAACACCAGACAUGGCAAACUUUAAGCAAGGUGUGAAGUCUGUAGCUGGCCGCCUCUCUGUUCUUGCCAAUGGCGUGAUGACUUCCAUUCAGGUUAGCGGUCUAUUCAUUUCUAGAUCUUCCAUUUAGAGGAACAAAAGAUAACGCAGCCCUUUUAUCUACGUGCAUUCACUUCUUUUUAUUACAUGACAGACUUGCCUUUAUGUUCAUAAAAUGUGUUCUCUCCUUGCAAAUGUUAACUUUAUAGAGUGUGACAAGGUUAAUCCGUACGAUCUUAACUAGCACUUUUUGUGUUUCAGGACCGAUAUGGAUCUUAAAUAGUGAGCCUCAAACAUGCAUAGCUUGGAAACAUCAAAGGAUGAAGAAUCCACCAAUGUUUUGAUGUUUUUAUUUUGAUAAAGGAUGUUUUUUUUUGUUUUUUUUUCUUCCUCUCUUUAAAUGUUACUUGAAACUUUGCAUUAAGGGUUCAUAUCUUGUGAGUUGGAGGACACUCACCUCUCGAUAAGCUCCUUUUAGUAUCCGAUGGCUUAUGUUGUAAUUCAGUUCUAAACUCCAUUUAUCACAUGACUGAUUAAAUAUUACCUAGUGUAAUGGAUUUGGUAUUUUUUAAACCCCCCCGCCCUCCCCCUUUCGGUGCUGUUAUCUCUCCACUGAACACACGGAAAUCCUGGCACACCUUCUCUCUUUGCUGCAAAGUCCUUUUUUUUUUUUGGCUAUUAGUCUUGUCAAUUUACAUACAGCUAGAGGGGUGUGGGCAGGUAUUAAAUAAUGCGGCCUACGUAAUUAAUUGCUUUAUUCUCUGAUGGCAAUGGAAAGCGGACCCUUCAAAAUUUCAUUCCAGGACAAUUCACAUAUAAAGAGCCAUUCAUCUUUAACAGUUUUCGAAUUUUAGAUAAACCUUCCUUAAAACCAGGAAGGGCAGAUGUAAAUAUUUUUUUCCUUUUUGUUUAUAUAUAACUUUAACAUUAUCCCCAAUAAUGACACUAAAUAAAAGGAUCCAUUUAAUUUAUGUUUUGCUUAGAUUAUUGUUGGUCAUUAGAGAG